AUGCGGGUUGGGAGGCGUAGAAGCCGGAAGCUCGGUAAAGGCGCACACAGGAAGAGGGAGCAGCAGCAGAGAGAGAGAGAGAGGGAGGGAGAGACUGAUACAGAAAACGAAAUCGUUGAGCUCGAGGGGAAGCCAGGGCCGGAGCAGGUCGAUGUCAUCGAUGAGAAGCGCGAGCGAGCGCUGAUAUCGAAGAUUGACAAGCACAUCGUCCCGUUUCUCGUUGGCCUGUAUCUGUUCAGCUUCCUCGAUCGAGUGAACAUCGGGAAUGCCAGGCUGUACGGCCUCGAAGAGGACCUGGGCCUGACAGGAAACCAGUACCAGAUUGCGGUAUCCAUCCUGUUCAUCCCAUACUGUCUCCUCGAAGUCCCGUCGAACCUCGUUAUCCGGAAAUUCACUGCCUCCCGCUACAUCUCGGUCAUAACGACGGUAUGGGGUCUCGUGGCGACGCUGUCCGGCAUCACGCAGAACUUCGCCGGCCUGGUUGUCUGCCGGUUCAUCCUGGGAGCCGUUGAGGCCGGCCUGUUCCCGGGUCUGAUCGCCUACAUGACGCUCUUCUACGGCAAGAAGGAGAUCGCCCUGCGAGUAGGAUACCUGUUCAGCGCCGCUGCCCUGGCCGGUGCGUGCGGCGGUCUUCUAGCCUACGCCAUCGGGUUUCUGGACGGCACCGCUGGCCUCAAGGGAUGGCGGUGGAUCAUGAUUCUCGAAGGCAUCCCAUCAUUCCUCAUUGGCAUUGCUACUUGGUUUGGGCUCGCAGACGACCCAGAAACGGCCUACUACCUGACCGAAGAGGAUAAGGAGCUUGGAAAGGCCCGGCGAAGACGUGAGAUCGGCCAGACAGACUCCGCGCAACUGUUCCAUAUUGCCGAUGCAAAGGAGGGCGCAAAGGACUGGACCAUCUACCUCUUCUGCCUUGGGCAAUUUGGCACCGACGCUGUGCUGUACGGAUACAGCACCUUCUUGCCCACCAUCAUCGCCGCCUUCGGAGACUGGACGGGCCCGCAGGUGCAGGCAUUGACUAUCCCAUGUUACGCGCUGGGCGCAAUCACAUACCUCAUCGUGGCCUGGUUCAGUGAUCGAUGGCAGAAGAGAGCCGCGUACACUACUUUGGCUGCUUCCUCGUCGCCUGCGGAGUCUAUGUUGCCGUCGGACUGCCUACCGCCUGGCUGCCAACAACCUGCCGCGAUUCGGCAGCGUGGCUUCGCUACCGGCCUUCAACUCACCUAG